ACAUGUCUUUCUCUCUCUCUCUCUCUCUCUUCAUCUUUAUUGCCCUUUAUCUCCUUAUUUAUUUUUCACGUUGCUCUGCAAGUUGUAUGCUCAGUUGGGUACCAAUCCUUUGUGGUUAAUUUUCACCCUUCAAGCCUCUCUCUCUCUCUCUCUCUCUCUCUCUCUCUCUUUCUAGUUAAUUUGUUUCUGGUUUCUAGACAUGCGUGCCUUAUUUGUCUGUCUUUGCACUUUGUAAUUCUUCAUAGCUCAAUUUUGAUGUAUGAACUCUACGAGUUCAUAUGAAUAUUUUGCCUUCUGGGUCAUAAAUUUUCAUGGUGAUAUAUAAUUUUUCAAUCCUGUAAUAGCUAGUGACUAGUGUCUUGAUUCAAGUCCUCCAAUAAACUCUUUUAGAUGUUUAACAAUGUGAUCUUGGAAGUUUAUGGUAUAGAUUUUUUUGUUUUCUUGUCCUCUGCCUUAUCUUUUCUAUCCAGUCAGAAAUGGCAAGGCAGAGGAAGUAUCAUAUUCAAGAACAUUUACAUUUGCUACUAAUUAUUAGUUACUUGUUUGUCUCCAUCGAAUCGUUGAAUGAAGAGGGGAAUGUUCUUUUGGCGUUCAAACAAGUCCUUGUUGAUCCCUACAACAAUCUUCAAAGCUGGAACUCAUUAGAUUCGACUCCAUGCAAUUGGAGUGGUAUAGCGUGCACCGAGGACUUCAAGGUAUCUUCUAUCAAUCUCAAAGGCUUUAGUUUGUCUGGUAGUCUAUCUUCAUCCAUUUGUAACCUCCCUUGCUUGAUUGAGUUGAAUAUGUCUACCAACUUCAUUUCCGGUCCUAUUCCACACAAUCUUUCUUAUUGUGGUAAUUUAGAGGUUUUAGACCUUUGUACUAACAGAAUCCAUGGGGAAUUCCCUACCCAACUCGUUAAUAUCACCUCCCUCAAAAAGCUCUCUCUGUGUGAAAACUAUAUAUAUGAUGAAAUUCCAGAGGAGAUUGGUAAUUUAACUUUGCUCGAGGAGUUUGUCAUUUACAGUAACAAUCUCACUGGAAUGAUCCCCAUGUCCCUUAGUAAAUUGAAAAGACUUAGGAUUGUAAGGGCAGGUCGGAACUUUUUAUCAGGUCCGAUUCCUGUAGAGAUCAGUGAAUGUGAGAGCUUAGAGGUACUUGGGUUGGCACAGAAUAGAUUACAGGGUUCUUUUCCUGUAGAGCUUCAGAAACUUGAGAACCUUACUGAUUUGGUACUUUGGCAAAACCUUUUGUCCGGUGAGAUUCCUCCAGAAAUCGGAAACUUUAGUAGCUUGGAGUUGCUUGCUUUGCAUGAAAAUUCCUUUAGUGGAAGCCUUCCCAAAGAGUUGGGAAAAUUAACCAGGUUGAAAAGGUUGUACAUUUAUACCAACCAGCUCAAUGGAACAAUUCCCCGGGAACUAGGGAAUUGUCUAAGCGCAGAAGAGAUCGAUCUUUCUGAAAAUCGAUUAAGCGGGUUGAUUCCAAACGAGUUGGGCCAGAUACCUGACCUCACCUUGCUUCAUCUCUUUGAAAACCUCCUGCAGGGGAGUAUCCCAAGAGAGCUAGGACAGUUGAAGCGGUUGACGAAAUUAGAUUUGUCCAUAAAUAAUUUGAAGGGUAUAAUUCCCUUAGAGUUUGAACAACUCACGUUCCUGGAGGAUUUACAACUUUUUGACAAUCAUCUUCAGGGUACAAUUCCACCUCGCAUCGGAGUUAACAGUAACCUGACGAUUCUUGACAUGUCCGCCAAUGAUCUUGUAGGUGGCAUACCUCCACAACUUUGCAAAUUCCAGAAAUUGAUAUUUCUUAGCCUUGGAUCAAAUAGUUUAUCUGGAAACAUCCCUCAUGACCUAAAAACAUGCAAGCCCCUUAUGCAGCUAAUGUUAGGAGAUAAUCAGCUCACAGGCAGCCUCCCGGUUGAAUUAUCGAAACUUCACAACCUUUCUGCUCUUGAACUCUAUCAGAAUAGAUUCUCAGGGCUGAUACCUCCAGAACUAGGCCUUCUUAAGAAUUUAGAGAGGCUGCUCUUGUCAGAUAACUACUUCAAGGGGUUUAUCCCUUCUGAGAUUGGAAAACUGGUGCAACUUGUCACAUUCAAUCUCUCUUCUAAUCAGCUCUCCAGUAAUAUUCCUUUUGAUUUGGGCAAUUGUACAAAGCUCCAGAGGCUUGAUCUUAGCAGGAACCAGUUCACCGGCUUUCUUCCAGAUGAACUUGGCAAGUUAGUGAAUCUGGAAUUGCUUAAACUCUCUGAUAAUAGAUUGAGUGGACCAAUACCAGGAACCUUAGGGGGUCUGGCCCGACUUACUGAAUUGCAAAUGGGGGGGAACUAUUUCUCUGGUAGUAUUCCUGUUGAGCUUGGUCAACUUGUGUAUCUUCAGAUUGCCCUUAAUUUUAGUCAUAAUGCACUUUCUGGGACAAUUCCAAGCAAUCUGGGGAACUUGCAAAUGCUGGAAUCGCUGUAUUUGAACGACAAUCAGCUUGUUGGUGAAAUUCCAGCUUCAAUUGGCGAGUUGAUGAGCCUGCUCGUAUGCAACCUUUCUAACAAUAACCUGACGGGAGCAUUGCCAAACACACCUGUUUUCCGGAAGAUGGAUUCUAGCAAUUUUGCUGGAAACAAUGGAUUAUGUGGAUUGAGUGUUAGUCAUUGUCAUCAAUCAUCAGCCCCAUCAAGUUCUUCAAGUUGGCUAAAGGACGGUUCUUCCAAAGAGAAACUGGUGAGCAUUAUUUCUGUGAUUAUUGGGUUGAUCUCUUUGAUUUUUAUUGUGGGUGUUUGUUGGGCUAUCAAACGCCGCCAACCCACUUUUGUUUCACUUGAAAACCAAGUGAAACCGGACAUGUUAGAUAAUUACUACUUUCCCAAAAAAGGGUUCACAUAUCAGGACCUUGUGGAGGCUACGGGGAAUUUUUCAGAUAGCGCAAUCAUAGGAAAGGGAGCGUGUGGCACUGUUUACAAGGCUGUCAUGUCUAAAGGUCCAGUGAUUGCUGUUAAAAAGUUGAAGUCUUGCGGAGAAGGAGCUACCAUUGACAGUAGCUUCCAUGCUGAGAUAUCAACCCUUGGAAAUAUCAGCCACCGAAAUAUUGUGAAGCUCUAUGGUUUCUGCUACCACCAGGACUCUAAUGUUCUCUUAUACGAGUACAUGGCAAAUGGCAGUCUAGGAGAACAACUUCAUGGCGAUGAGCAAACAUGUUUGCUGGACUGGAAUGCUCGAUAUAAAAUUGCUCUUGGAGCAGCGGAAGGCUUGUGCUAUCUCCAUUAUGAUUGUAAGCCCCAAAUCAUUCACCGUGAUAUAAAAUCGAACAACAUUUUGUUGGAUGAAAUGUUUGAGGCCCAUGUGGGAGAUUUCGGCUUGGCAAAAUUGAUUGACUUCCCCUGCUCAAAAUCCAUGUCUGCUGUUGCUGGUUCAUAUGGCUACAUUGCCCCAGAAUAUGCUUACACGAUGAAAGUGACAGAGAAAUGUGACAUCUAUAGUUUUGGAGUUGUUCUACUGGAAUUGAUUACUGGAAGAUCCCCAGUUCAACCCCUCGAUCAGGGAGGGGACCUGGUUACUUGGGCAAGAAGAUCAGUUCAUGCUGCAGUGCCAAUGUCAGAGAUUUAUGACAAAAGGUUGGAUUUGAGUGAAAGAAAGACGAUUGAAGAGAUGUUUCUAGUUCUUAAGAUUGCAUUAUUCUGCACCAGUUCAUCCCCAUUUAACAGACCAACAAUGAGAGAGGUCAUUGCAAUGAUGAUUGAUGCUAGAGAAUCUGUGAGCACUUCAACAUCAUCUCCAACAUCAGAAACUCCUUUAGAGGAAGUUGAUUCAAGCAGAGAUUGCAUGGAGCCAUAGCCUUCACUCCAUCUGAAAACAAUAAUUCCGAGCUUAUACAGGUUGAUAGUCUUUCUGGACUCAUUUAGAUAUUGCAAUGCAAUAAGAUUUCUUGUCUCUUCGUAUUAAAUCAUUGAUCAUGUAGGCUGCCCCGCCUCGCUUUUCAUGAGUUUAGAUUUGAAGUAGCUUGUUCUUACUGUAUUUGGGUAAAAAAAUUACUUUAAUUAUCAGCUAGUAUCCCUAAUCAUAAUAAGCAUUUCUCUCUGCUUUGUCAGUCUGAGACAACA